GUGUAUGCAUGCAUUAAAAAAUGUGUUGAGAGAUGCUUUCUAACAUUACGCAUACAGGUCGACGUUCUCCUCAUUUUUUUAAGUCCGGCUCGUAAAAUCGGCGCCGAAGAGGAAUUCGAAAGAGAUGCGCAGAAAGUCAAUGCGCAGCGCGAGCGGGCGAUUCUCUUUCGAGUUCGAACCGUUCGGUGCUCGUUAGAAGGAAUCACACGGUUACUCGUGCGGGCGCGGAUAGCACAUAUUUCGUGUAGUCCGGUUCAAGAGGUUCAAGGAGGCGAUAAAAGGAAAAAGAUCGGUCGAAAAAAAAAAAAAAAUUAAUCAGUGUCGAUGAGGACGUCUGAGUGGUGGUAAACCGGUUUGAGAAUGAAGACGAUUGGUCGGAUUCUAUCUUACGUGUUAUUGGCAGCUGCAUUCGCAAAAAACGUACUUACAAUAAGUACCGCGAAUGUUAAAUUUUUAAAAGUGCAGAGUGACGAAGUCGCACGAGAUUCUAAUGGCACGAGACUCGAAUUAAUUUCCGGACUAUCGUUGAAUUCUAACAUCCUCGGAAAUCAUCGGAAUGACUUGAAUAACAUGUUCCAAAACGAAGUGGAUCAAGAGAAAUCUCGCACUUUCGGACACAAGAGACUUCAAUUAAUGCUGAUGCCAAUGAUGUACAAGAUGGGAGUGAUGAUGACAAUGUUAAUGGUGUUGACAGCGAUCUCAGUGAAGGGAUUACUCAUCGGAGUCAUUCUGCUUGUGCUCAAACUCAGUACUUUCCUGGCGAAAUUGCAUUCCGGACAUUCAGAACAUUCAUAUCCGUCAGCGCAACCAAUUCAUGUGCACGUUCACAAUAGUUUUCCACAUCUUCACCCGUAUCACGCCUGGGAAAGUAUUCCAGCGAGCGGUCCCGGAGAUGAUGCUCACUACUAUUACAAAGGAUAAAUUGCAUAUUAUUAAGACCAUAUGCUUGAUCGAGGAUGUCUGCUGAAAUGUCAUAGCGAAAAAAAAGUUGGACGUCAAUUCGAUAAAAAAAGACCGAUAAUUCGUACGAUUAACUGGACAUCCUAGUUUUCUGUCUUUUGACUAUAUUUGGACGACGUUGUCGAAAUUCGUGUUCUUAUGAGAGAUCGAAUCUAAACAUCGAUAUUUCCAGACUAUUCGCUUUUGAAAAGUAACAUUAGACUUAUCAAUUAAUCAAAUUGUUUGUUUCGUCGAACUUCAUCGAGAAACGAUAAUUCAUUCAUUGUUUUGUGUGUUAGUAAGCACUACAUUUUCGCGUAUACCAAAGGAAAAAAACACGAUACAAUAGUAAUAGAGUUGCUUCGUAAUUUGUAAUAAUAAUUAAAAUCGUAGCAGCGAUUAUGAAGACAUUCGUAAACUUUGUUUUCUAAGAAAAUACGCGAGAUCGAGAGUGACGUUUUUGUUAAAACGCGGUAAAUGUAUGAUUAUUUAUCAAAUAAUUUGUGCGUGUUCUUUUAUAGCGUGCUAUUUAUUACACGUGUGUGAACACGCACAAUAAGCCUUCGAAAAAUACGUAAUCGAUAGACACUGUUCUGCGCGCGUCGCAAUAGCGCAAUUUAGAAGAUAUUAUUUUAAAUAACUAUCGAGAUAUAUAUAAUGCUAAUUCGAUUUAGUGUGGUAUCUGUGUUACAAUGUAGAAACCAAAUUUCGAUUUUAUACCAAAACGAAGAUAGCAUUUACACGUAUAGGAAUUACCUACAUACCUCAUGUUAUCAAUAAGAAUAUUCAUAAGUUUUCUCUUAUUGCAUACCUGUUCGUUAUGUUUCUCAUGUAAUGUAUUAUAUAUAUUGCUAUACGUUGAAAUUACUUUAUUUUUAUUGUAAGGUACAUAUAAUAAUAUAUGAAUAAGCAUGUGUAUAUAUUGUCUCAACAAACUCAUGUACUUCCACUGAUAAGAAAAUUGCAUGUUCUUUU